AUGAGACCAAUGACCUCAAUCAGCCCGCCUAAGUGGAAAGGAAAAAAAAAACAGACGUAUGAGAAAUGCAUCGCUUUCCUUAAUGGAAAAGUUCCGAGAGAGUUCCACGUGAGAGGCCUUUGGUUCGGAACUCGCGCUCCCCCCCCCCUCCAUCCUCUUCCAAACGUGGAGGGGGUACAGAAGCGCCUAAAAGGGCUUUCAGUUGAAGCUUGUGCGAGCCAGGUUGUGGAUUGUGUUGUUCAUGUGUCUCCAGUUUGGAACCUCUUCGAAACAAAACAAGUGAGCUGGGCAGACAGACGGACGAAGAAGGGAUUAUUAGCGCUAAGGACUGAGGACUGUGGCGGAGCUGCUCUAAACAGGAGCGACUUGGUGGCGCCGGUUGGGCCUGGCCACCGCAGCAUCAUAUACUACCCUCCUUCAGUCCUCUCCAUUCCACAACAGUCUUCAUUCUUCCUCGUUAUGAAUGAAGGAAUGACGAUGGAGUCCAUUAUCAACGAAAUUCACGACACCUAUUUCCAUUUACAGAACAUAAAUAAAAAAUCUGGUGUCGUGAGCAUCACGCAUAGUCCAUGA